CCCCGCUCCAGCACCGGCGCACAUGGACGCAGCCGCCAACGUCGCCGGUUUGCUUGCCUUCUCCGGCGGCUUCCUGUCACCACUGGCGUCGCGUUUCAUUUCAUCGCUGUUCUAUCCCACGACGCGUUUAGAAAGCCUGAAGGCACAGUGCAAGGUCGUUGAACAUGAUCUCGAGGAAGUCCUCGAGCGGGGUCGGGCACCGAAUGUCCGAUUCCUCCACGACAUGUACAGGAAUCUCGAUCGAAUCAAGAAAAAUAUCCAUGAUUUGGAAAUCGAUUGGAUGCGUUCGCGCUCCUUGUUUGAGCGAAUUGCUGUGUAUCAACCUUUCCUGCGCCAAACACGUUAUAUCGCAGAUCAGCUCAGCAAUGCGCAAAAGGAAAUAUUUGAAAUACCUGGCCGGGGGCAAACCUUGUAUAACGCUUCCAGGCUGCCAGACGACGAGUCAUUGGUUCCAAUGCCUUGGUCUUGAUUUUUGACAAACUGAAGAACUCCCCAGACAGUAUUUAGUCUCUCAUGUUUUUCUAUCAGAUCUCAU